AUGGCCUACAGGUUGAUCAAGUUAAACUCAGGACACACGAUUCCAUCGGUCGGAUUGGGAUGCUACGACAUUCCAAGGUUGCAAACCAGCAGCAUAGUCUACGAAGCUCUCGCUCAGGGCUAUCGCUUGCUCGAUACUGCUGUGCUCUACCACAAUGAAGUCGAAGUGUUGGAGGGAAUCCGCGCCUACCUCAAAGACCACCCCGAAGUGAAACGAUCCGAGAUAUUCUACACCACCAAGCUCUGGAACAACCAAUUGGGGAAAGAAGCCACCCGCCGCGCAAUCGACACCAUGAUGGAGCAGGUGGGCGACUUGGGCUACAUCGACAUGUUGUUGAUCCACUCGCCUUUACCUGGCAAGGAGCGCCGGUUGGAGAGUUACGAAGUCAUGCAGGAGGCAGUAGCGCAGGGCAAAAUCAAAAACAUUGGCGUUUCAAACUACGGCAAGCACCACAUUGAGGAAUUGUUCAACUGGCCCAAGUUGAAGUACCCUCCUGCGGUGAACCAAAUCGAGAUCAGUCCCUGGUGCAUGCGCCAGGAACUAGCACAAUGGUGCUUGAGCAAAGGCAUCCAAGUCGAAGCCUAUGCGCCACUUACGCACGGAUACAAAUUGGAAUCCUCGACUCCCGAGUUCAAGAAAAUCAUGCAAAAGUACAACAAGUCCGCUGCCCAGAUUUUGAUCAAAUGGUCCUUGGAAAAAGGCUAUAUCCCCUUGCCAAAGACAAAGACGCCGUCAAGGUUGAAGUCGAACAUCUCCGUCAAUGAUUUCGAGUUGACUCCGGAGGAAAUGGAGGUGAUUGACCAGCCCGGUGCUUACGAGCCGACUGACUGGGAGUGUACAGAUGCCCCGUAG